AUGUCGACAUCGGCAAAAUCUAGGGAUAAACACUUCGUUUCCUCCCAGAAUACACUAGGCUCAGCGAUGAUAGCGAUGGCUAAGGGUAUCUCCCUACUCCUAGAACUUCAGGAAGAUGAGACCACGAGUAUGCUUUUAGAAUUUCUGGGAAAUGCGGGGAAAUUGAUGGCGGGCUUACACCAUCAACAUUCAACAAUGAGAAGAGCCUUCAUUCUGUCAGGCGUCGAUGAGAAAUAUAGAGAGCUACUGAAGAAGUCGGAGAUAACGGCGGAUCUUUUCGGCAACGAACUAUUCAAGCGCCUCAAACAUACAAAAUCUCUAGAGAAGCCUGCCAAUGAGAUCAAAAGGCCACUCACAACAGGCUCGAAAAUUGGGAGGCCCUCUAAGGUCCCUGAAAUUCAAGGACCGUCAAAGAAGCUCGUACUGGAACAACACCAGCGCAAAGACGACGAGACCCAGCUAUCGCAGUCAGCAUCACAGACGUUAGAGGUGAGAAAGGUAGCGGGGCGACUAAAGGCGUUUCAGGAGAACUGGGAAGGAAUCACCAAAAGCAGAUUCGUUCUUAACUGUAUCAAAGGCUACACUAUUAGAUUUGAAGCACAACCGGUUCAAUCUUCUGUACCGGAGUCGCCCAUAUUACAAGGAUCUCAAUCCCUCGAGGAUGUCAGGGGAGCAAUUAAGAACCUCUUAAAGCUAGUUGAUGAGAGUUCGUCAAAAUACUUAAGAUUCAUUUUCCAGGGUCAGUGCUUUGAAUUUGUAUGUCUUCCCUUUGGUCUUAAUGUGGCACCGCAUGUCUUCACUAAGAUUUUAAAGCCAGUGGUGAAUCAAUUGCGUAAAAGAGGUUUUACUUCGGUCAUAUAUUUGGAUGAUAUGUUGCUUAUUGGAUCGUCAAAACAGGCAUGCGCGGAAAAUGUAAAGGCUUCGGUUAGCCUGCUAGAAUCCUUAGGCUUUAUUAUAAAUUAUAAAAAGAGUAUUCUAGAACCUAGACGGCGAGUAGAAUUUCUGGGAAUCAUAUAUGAUUCCAAGAAAAUGACAUUAAAAUUACCGGAAGAGAAGAAACAAAAAAUGCUCACUCUCUUGGAGCAAUUUAAGAUAGAUAAAGACAUUUCUCUCAGGCAAUGGUCAAGUUUCAUUGGUUCGAUUAAUGCAUGUUGCCCGGCGGUAGAAUACGGGCGUCUGUACACUAAAGAAUUCGAACGUGUCAGAUAUUUAGGUUUGUUGAGAAAUAAUAAUGAUUUUGAGCCAAAAAUCCGCAUUCCGAAAAGUCUAAAGCCGGAUAUAGACUGGUGGAAAAAGAAUAUUCCAAAAGCCUCGAGCCCUAUUAAAUUCGGCAAUUUUAAACACGAAAUCUUUUCAGACGCGUCCACCACGGGGUGGGGCGCUUUUUGCGAAGGGAAGAAAGCUCGAGGUUUUUGGACAGUAGAAGAGCAAAAAUGGCACAUCAACAGAUUAGAGCUAAAAAUAAUACUACAGCCAUUGCAUAUAUCAAUAAAAUGGGGGGCGUACAACACCCAAAUCUGCACAGGAUUACGAAAGAAAUCUGGCGAUGGUGCGAAUCAAGGAAUAUUUGGAUAA